AUGCCGACCUCCGCCAACUCUACAGCAACGUCUACCGAGCCAUCUACAUCCUCUUUCACCGAACCUCACCAAUACCUCGCCACCUGCAUCCUAUUCCUUACGAUUGCAUACUUCCUCGGCCGCUACAACGCCAUGGGAAACUUCUUCCGCGCCGCCUUCCGGCUCCUCAGAUACAUCAUUAUCUUUAUCCAGCGAAGACCUUUCCUCCUGGUCUUCACUCCGGCAAUGAUUCUCUGGCUCUACUUCCACUUGACAGAUCGUGAUGGCGUGCUUCUAUAUCGAAGUGAUAGAGAAUGGCUGGCGGAGGUUGAACAUGCUUCCAAUAGGCUGUGGGAUGCCUUUUGCCAGGGGUUGCGAGAGGGGUGCGAGAGAAGGUGUGGGAGGGAAGAGGGACGCUGA